AUGCCACCAAAGAAGAAAGAUGGGGGAGGAAAGAAAGGAAAGAAGUCUGAAAAGAAUAAAGGAGAGAAACAGCCCCAGCUCACAGCUAGAGAAGCUGUUUUAGCCUUCCAGUAAGUAUUUUAAAGUUGCUUCUAUCACUACUGUUUUUCAUUUUUUAAUAAUCCGUUCAGUGGCGACUCCUAAUGUCCAAUUGCUUAUAUUGUAGAAUUGAAGUCAGGGAACGGGACUUGGCAAAAAUGACAGAGGAAUUUCGUGUACUGAAAGAAAAAAAUCGCAGACUUCGUCACAGAGUAUGUUGUAUUGUUACUAUUAAUUGCAUGUAUUGGCAGUACGGUAAAUGGGCAAUGGAUUUGGACCCCAAAGACAUAUCGGAAAUAAAAUUUUUUUUGAAUGUUUUUUUCAUGGGUUUUUUGCUGCGCGAUUUUCAGUAGAGUCCCGACAUCAAUAUUAACUAGAGAUGCGUAGUUCCUACGGACGAAUUUAGGCAAUUUGGUUCAAUAAUUAGUGUGACAACAGAUGCCAUUUUGGCACGCUGUAUGAGCAGCCCGCAACCACCUGGAGAAAAUAGGGUCACACGGUCAAUCGUGUUGAAAAAAAUUAUAGGGUCAGCAGAACAGAUGGGGUUGGUCGGGAAACCGGAACCACAGGUAUUUUUUUAGGCCUAGCGCUAUCACUUCUUGACUGUUGUCCCAAGAGAUCCAGUAGGCUAUCCUGUAUUAGUUCAGUGAUAGGACAGGAGAAAAUCCAAAUAUCUGGAGAUUUGACAUCUUGAGGGAAGGCCCUUUGUCUGGAAAGUUAGUAGUUAGUUAUCUACUAAAUUCCUGAUGAAGGGCCUUUGCUCAAAACAUGGAAGUUUGGCUUGUAUUUUUCUUGUAUUGUAGUUGGAUCUCUGUCAAUCUACAACUUUCCUUUUAGAAUGAACAACUCAAGAAAGAGCAACAGGAGCAUAUCAAGAUGUUGUUAAAGCAAUCGAAAGAAAGUGAAAAAGAAGUUGAGCAAAUAACUGUCGUUAAACAAGAGGAAGUAGAAAAAGGGUUGGCGGAUAAAAUAAGAAUCAUGAGAGAACUGAUAGUCGAACAGGAUGGUAUGGUAUUCAUAAAUAUAUGGGAGGAAGGGGUUACAAAACUGUACAAUUGCUCAUUUUUAAAUGCAAACUGCCGGACCAAAAAAAUUAAAUAUUGGGGGGGAAGAGGGUUGUGCCUGCCCCACCCCCUUUUGCCCCCAUCUCAUAUGCAUAUGAUGUUAUACUCUUAGUAAUGCAAAUAUUUCUUGACUUUUGUGGCGGCAUUUCAGAAGAAUCAGAUGUGGUGACAAUCUGCACCCUCCUCGCUUGAGUUGAAGUAUCAUAUAAAAUAUGUAACCCAAUAAAAUUCAGGAAACAGCAUUCAAGUUAUUAUGAGCAUUUUAAUAACUUUCCGUGGAUGAUACCCCAGUAUGUGACUAUUGACUUGCAAAGUUGAUAAGCCUGUAGAAUUUUUUAGUGAUAGUAAAUAGUGUUGUUCACUAUAUAUGUUCAUUUUUUCUAUAUAUAGAGAUUAAGAAGCAAAUUGAAGAGUUGGUGAUGCAAAUAGAAGAGACAAAUCAGACUAUUGCAACAAGAAAUAAUUAUAAAGUAAUGUCAAGUUUUGAGUUAUGAGAAAAUAAUAUUGUAUUCUUUUCAUAAUUAUAUUCUUUUCAUUAGAGGCGUACCCCACUUUUCAUCAGGACAAAUUUUGUAAUUCUUUCAAAACAAUCUACCAAAUCUGUGACUUUCAGAUUAUUAUAAAAAAUUUGUCUAAGAUGCAUGAAAUAGCAUUUUGCAGACCCUGAUAAUAAAAUAUUUCCUGCGGGAUUAGGCAAUUUGACUCCCCCCCAACUUAUUUGGGGGGGGGGGAGUCAAAUUGCCUAAUCAACCAACCCCCCACCCCCACCCCAACUCAUUAGUGCCAAUAAAUAUUCCUCUUUUCAGAAUGAAGGCCAGGUUGUGCAUGGCCAUCAGAUCAGUGUGCUUAGGAAGAAACUGUCAGAUAUGGAAAGUUCAUUUCAAGAAGUUUCAGCUCACUUAGAUCGUAGUCUGAAAAUUGCUAAAGUAGAAAUUGAACAGCAAGCACAAUCUACUCUGACGACACAAAAGAAAGUCGCAUCAGAGGAGGCUGCAAAUUCCAUCAAUAAAGAUGACAGACAAGAGAUAGCGGAUCACAAAUGGCUUAAGAAAGAGGUAUGUGUCUCUGAAAAAAUUUGCAUCUGUAAAUUCUAAGAUUCGAAGGAUUUGUAAGAUAUUUAAGGAAUUUAGCAUAGGUAAAUUCUAUUCAAAGUUUUGAAGAAUUUGUAAGAAAUGUUUGAGGGAAAUGACUCGUUCAACACUGAGCUAGUUUCCUCAAACAGUUCUUACAAAUCCUUCAAAACUUAGAAUUUCCUAUGCAAAAUUCCUACUGUGAUCACAGAAACUUUGAUAGUGCAAACCAGCUUUAGGUAGUCAGAAAAGUUAUUUGUAAACAAUUUGUGUCAUUUUCUCUUUAAUCCAAAUAAUAGAUCAGUAUCCACGCAACAGCUUUUGAAGAUAUGUCGGUAAUCGUUGAAGCUUUAGAAAGAGAAAAUCUUGACAUUAUGAAAGAGCUUUUUGACUGUAAGGUUGAGGAUUUGAGUUUAGCAAGGUAUGGGUUUACACAUUGGUUUUACAAGUUCGAUUUCUGUCAACGUCUCGAUGAAUUUCUGUUUUCUGAAAAUGACUGUAGUUUUUCAUUCUUUGAAGAUGAUUCUGUAAAGGAAUGGAUGAUUCCAGCUAGACACUAAAUUUUGAUCCAGGCAAGAAGAACAAAAUCCAUCACUACAGCUAGAAAGAGCAUGUCGAAAUGAGUAAAAUUGCAAAAUUUGGUUGCGAAAUGUUGUAAAAUGCGGAAAAUAUAGCCCUGCGAAAUUUGCAAAUUUUGUAUUAAUUUGUAUUACACACGGGAAUUUGCACCACAUUCGGCCCAAAUGUGGUGCAUUUUCCCACGCGUAAUAGAAAAUAAUACAAAAUUUGCAAAUUUCGCAGGGCUACAUUUUCCGUAUUUUACAACAUUUCGCAACUUUGCAAUUUUACUAAUUUUAACAUGCUCUUCCUAGCUGUGGUGAUGGAUUUUGUUCUUCUUGCCUAGAUCAAAAUUUAGUGUAUAGCUGGAAUUGCCCAUUGAAACACUGCAUUAUAUUACAAGACAAGAAAGCUUCGGAUCAGGAUAGGGAUGAAACUAUCUGAAAAAUACAAGGAGAACUUCGACGUUUCGAGCGAACAGAACAAAACUUGAAAGUCCUUGAAUGUCCUUGAAUUUGAAAACAAAAAUUAAAGGCCUUGAAUUUGUAAAGAAGUACCGCUGAAAGUCCUUGAAUCCUUCUUGCUUUAGUUUAUGGAUAUUUUCUGUUUAUAGGGAUAUUUGACAUUCAAAAACGGACAUUUUGUUGAAAUGAUUUUACAUGAUCAUAUCAGACAAAGCUGUUUGAAAUUCACUAAAGUUGCGUUUUGAACAAUUUAACGUGACAUUAUAAACUGAUUUCUAACGUCUUCUUUUCAGUAUUUAGUCCUUGAAUUUGCUGAUACAUAAUCUUCAAUGUCCUUGAAAAGUCCUUGAAUUUGACUCUCUCUGACAUGUAUGAACCCUGGUUCGUGUUAUCCGUAUUAUUUUGAGUCGAAACUGAAAAUAUUUUUUGUUAUUUUUUUCAUUCAAGAAAUUUCUACUUGACCUGUGUGAACGACAAGGACAAUAACUCGGAUGAAGAAGAAGUCUACGCACUUCAUGGUGAAGUCAGUGGCGACGAAUUUCCUCCAGACGAUAAAUUGUUUGAAAAUUAUUUCAAUUUUGACGAUGAAGAUUAUUUGGUGAGAGAGCUUAAAAUCUAUACAAGAAUUAUUCUACUGGUGGUCAAGCUGCCGUUAUCAGUGUUGGAAAAUGGGGGCGGGGGUUAAUUGAAUUCUUUUUAUCAUCUCAUUCUUAAGAACUUCUGAAAUGAUAUAAUAACUUACAGUAUUUUGAAGAUUUUCGUUUGCUCACGUUGUUUCUGAGAUAUUUGAGUUUGUUUGGUAUACAAAUUCCGAAUUUACGUCACAAAUGCAUAAUGAUUUAAAGUAUCACUAUCGAGUUUAAUUCAUUAAAAUGAAGUUUGGAGUUGUGGGAGGAUUAUAUACACCUAUGUAAAACAUCAUUUAGCUUUUUUAUUUCAUGAUAUUUAACUGUAUACCUUGCAUUCUUUGAUCAGUCAUUAUUCAUAUGUGACGUAAAUUCCGGACAUUUGCAAAUCAAUAAAACUGAAAUAACUCAGAGACAAAGUGUGCAAAUGAAAAUCUUCAAAAUUCGUUACAAUAUCAUUUCAAGUUCUUAGGAAUGAGAUGUUAGAAGAAUUGAGAGAUGUUGUUUAAUUUUCUUGUUGAAUUUGCUUGCACCUGUAUUUCUGAAGUUGACGACUAUCUGCUCCUAUAUCGCGUAUUGAAACACACAAAUCGAGAAUGUUUUUUUUACUCAACCAGUCAGUAUAGAAAUUAUUGCAUUUCAUUUAUUUUUCCAGGAUUCUCCUAGAUUAGGACCAAUGGACUUACAGCUGUUGGCUGUCGUUGGCAAUAAGAUGCCAAUUCACGAGAGUACGAGCUCACAGCUACAGCUGAUCAGCGCAAACAAUGAAGCCGGUGGUCAGAACUUGGAUAAAACUGAUAGUGAAAAUGAAAUAUGGCCGAUUUCAGAAAACAUGUUGCGAACGCUUGCUAUAAAGUAAUAAAUUAUUUAUCUUCGCUUUUUGUGGCUCCUCAGCGCAUUUUUUCAUCAUUUCGGUCCAGAGUAAACAAGCGAUGAUAUAUACGUGCAGGUAAAGUAUUAAAAUUUAUAGUUAACAAGUCAACAACAACAACAACAACAGCAGCACACAUUUACGCUUAGCGUACCUAUUUUUUCAUAUGAUAUAAUUAAUUCUUAUUCUUCGGAUUAUUCCGCUCAAACAUCGUGCAAUCUUCGCCACUUUCGUGCUUGGCUUGUUUUAAUUGUUUUUCAAAGGCAAUAUCUCGAAAAAAACCUCCCUGUUGUGGAAAAUGGAUUGUACUUUUUUAUUUACUUUGAUUUUAUUUAUUUGGGGAAAUAUUCAAUCGAAAAACAUUGCUAUUAGCUUUGCGAACAUGAACCGGCCACUUUAUUCGAUCUGAUUGGUCGACAGCAAUCUGUUUGCGUUUUGAUUGGUUGAUGGAAUUGUGGCGCGAAUAUUGAAACCUAUUUGCAAAGUUUUUUGAGAUCUAUUCUUUAGCAAGGGAAAAAUUUCGCUUUGAUUGAGUUUUUUACCGCUGUAUUCCAGUUUUUACACCUUUGAAGAAAGAAACAUGAGCGUGGCAACGUAUUUUACCAACAUUUCAAACGUUUCAGAUCGCCAAAAGCGAUUUUUUUGCGAUCUUGGUGAAGAAAACUUGCCUGUCUGGUCAAAAUAUCACUUUGAUGUGAGCUCAUCUCAAGAUUCGAACAGCUCCGUUAAUUCAUCAAAUUCGUCGAAAAGGUUAGUAAUGUUUUGCAGUUGAUAUCGUAAUUUUAACAGAUCGCUAUUUCAAGUGAAUUAGUUUAGUUUUUUGAUGCAUUUUGUUUGACUAUAAAGAAUAGGCUGUGAAAAGUUCGAAAAACACAAGUAUGUAUAUUAAAAACUUUUAGUUUAAGACAAUGGCUUUUUUUGGCUGUAAAUAGUUUUAAAAGCAAUGUUCUUUUUAUUUUAAGAUGUGUUCGAAAUCUUUUGAAGCUAUUGUCCUGUCAGUUUAUAAAUUUUGGCCUUUUUCAAAAAAAUCUUUAAAAAUGUCGAUCCGACAAAUUUAGUCUAAAAAGAACAGUGGAACUGUAUAUAUUAGCUGAACUGCGAUAUGCAAAUCAAUUCGAUAAACAUACGGACAGUCGCAUUUCAAUAUUAAAUAAGUAAUAUUGGUUUCAUCUUUGCUUGGAAAUGUGUAGUGAUUCGUUGGAUAUCAAGCCAUUGAAGCCUCGCAAUGCUAACACCGACCCGAGAUAUUUGCUUCAAACUCCGAAAAAAGUAUUAAAAUCGUGUUCCCCGGCUGAUCAAAAACGCAUAACACCCAGAAAACCUUUGAAACCUACGAAAAGUGCGAACAAAACCGACCCAUCGUUUCGUGGAGUUACCUUACAAAUGAAAACAAACAUCAAACGUAGUCAAAACGACUUGGAGACGCAGUUGGUUAUCAGGUCUUACUUCACUGCGAAAAAGAAGCGUUCCCCGUCUAACAAAAAAGUUGAAAAACCCCGUCGUCCUAUCGGAGGGAAGGCCAGACUUCUCCCCACCUCCCUAGAGAUGCGUUUUCAGCAAACACCCGUUUCCCUAAAUUACUCAGAAGAGCUCAAAGAGAAUUUUGGUGAUCUUGGUUGCAAACCAUUACGUGUGGUGAAAUUGAAAAAAGAAUGCGCGUCGUGUGGUACCCUCAAAACGCCUCUCUGGCGAGAUGCUGAGGACGGCACACCAUUAUGCAAUGCUUGUGGUAUCCGCUAUAAAAAAUACAGAGUUCGUUGUCUAAGAUGUUGGUAUAUCCCCAGAAAGGAAGAGAAAGCUUCGUCCCGGUGUACUAGCUGUGGUAGCUUUUUUGAUAAGAUUCCUCUCAAGCAUCGCGGUGUAUUUGGUAGUAUUUAG